AUGCACAAGUACGAUCGAGCGAUUAAAACGUUAGACGCGAAGCAAAUGCAGUUACAUAAAGAAGGGAAAAACAAGACGAAAAUCAAACUGGAGGAAAAGCAUAGAUUGAUUUACGACACGAUCGCAAAGGAGUGCAGGAAAAGAGGACACAUGAACCUCUCGGACGUGAAGGCUGUGUACGCUUUUAAAAUGACGAGAGGGAAAUAUCGACCGAUGUUGAUGAAAUACCCGGAAGAAUGGAACGCGAAAGCGAUUGAACGGCAGACUAAAAAAGCGUUCGAGAUGUGUGCUCAAAUGAACGAUAGUUCAGAUUUUCGAAACGGGAAGAAAAUAUUGAACGUGCUUUCGUGCUUUUUGAAACAGCCCGGGAUGAAAGGGAUUGGCACAGCGACGGCUAGUUUGAUUUUGUCCGUAUACGACGUCAGGUUUCCUUUUUUAUCGGACGAGGCCUUAGCUGUGGUGAUUCCAUCUUACGGAAAAGAUCCGUACACACCGCUCAACUACGCAAACUUUGUCUCGCAAAUCCAAAAGAAACGCGCGAAAUUAUUAGGGGAGAAGAACAUUCACGAUAAAGACGCGAUAUCGCACAGCGAUAUCGAAAAAGCGUUGUGGACGGUAGCGAGCGUCAAUCUGGAAAAAUAG